AGCACACAAGAGGUUGAGAAAGUCAUAAGCCUGAUGAAGGAGACUAGCAAGCUACCCGGCCGCUGCGUCUACCUGAGCAUCCUGCGCGCGACCUCACACCGCGACGUGCUCGAGCUGUUCGUGCAGCGCGGCGGCUGGAACGUCCUCAACGAGUGGCUGCAGGACUUCCGGCAGGCGGAGAACAUGCCGUCGAUGCGUGAACUGCUGCGGUUGUUCAAGGACAUGCCCGUCAGCGUCGACGUGCUCAAGCAGAACAACACGCCGAAGAUCGUCAACAAGCUGACGAAGGGCGACGAUGAGGAUGUCAAGAUUCUGGCCUUGGCAGUUGUUCAGACAUGGAUGAAUAUUGUAAAGGGAGUGAGCAAUGGCCCUAGCAGUGCUGCUCCUGAAAAGAAGAUAAGUGAAUCUAAAUCAUCUAAGGACAAAUCGAAGUCUCAAAGUGAUAAAAAACUUGGUGAGCGACACAAGGGCUCCAGUAAAUCGUCGACCAGUGAUAAACAUAGAACUAGUGAUAAAAGCCGGACACAUAAUAGUGAGAAGCAAAAGGACAAAUCGAAACCUAGCAGUAAGGGGAGCAGUGAAAAGAAGAAGGAAAAAACUUCGGAAUUGGAAGACGUGAAACCCCUGCCUGAGCCCAAGGUCGAACCAAAGAAGCCUGUGAGAGAUCGACCAAAAACAGUGAAGACCUUUCACGCCAGAUUCCGUUCAACAGGUUUAGAAGAGGAAGCCAAUACUGCUGUCACAAAGAAGCAAGACAAGAAAAGGCCAAGUGAAUCUGACCUAUCCAAGCUGUUCGUACCCAGUGACAAGAAGAUAAAGCCAGCGAAUCUUAUCACACCUUACGAGGCACCCAAGACUAGCAAUGGCAGUGCCGAACCAAGCCCAACCAAAAAGACACCCCCCAGAGAGGAUGCUAAAAUCAAACUUAUUCCAGCAAAACCCAAGCCUAUCAUCUUGGAAAGCACUGGGUUUAUGGAUGCGUUAUCAACUCCUAUUUCUGCACCUAUUAGAAGGAAAAGAAAGCCUUCAACACAAGAUGUUAAGAAGCCCACUGCCUCUCCCACCGCCAGCAUCCCGAAGGUGCCAUCGUUCUAUAAAGACACGAUGGAGGAGACAACAGAACCAGAUCAGAAGAAGCCAAAGAAUGAUGAGGGAGAAGCUGAAGAGGAAAUGGAAGAGACAGCUGCUGGUGAUAAAGGCGACUUUGGUACCACUAAUGAAAACAGCAGUGAGAGUAGCAAGUUGGAAGGUCCGGUAUCUGUUCUGUCGGACGUUUGCAAGAAGAAAAAAUGCAAGAAAUCUGUGAGCUGGGCUGAAGAGACUGAACUGCGAAAUUACCACUACUUCGAAAUGAACGAUGAUGAGCGAGUGAAUGUAAACAAGGCAGGCACCUUCAUGGAUCUGAAGCACCAGGAUAUGCAGAGGGAGCGAAAGGCACUAGAUUCGGCUAAGCGAAUAUUGCUAGAGGACAAAAUGCAGGAGCAGAUAUCUUGGCGACUCCCACCUCUAAUCAGCGGCAUGUCGUUCGUACUGGUCGACCGCGGUUGCAACAGCACGGAGAGGGAGCUGCAGGCGCAGCGGGAAACACAAGUGCUUGCUUCACUCUACUUCAGCAAGGAUGCGAUCCCAUUGAGCCCCCUUGAGCCUGAUCCAAGCCGAGAGGAGCAAGUCGAUCCCAUCGUCGUUCCACUAGACGACUGUCGGAAUCUCUCGCGUUGCACCAGGCCGACCCGUCGCAUGGCCCGGUACGAACCCCUACGAUGAGCGCAUCGCAGCAGACGGCGAUAUGUACGGUCAGCUCCCCCGGCGGACAAUUCUACACCGGCAGCCUCCCUCCCGCCAUCACCAACCUGCUAGCGAGCCUGCAGCAGGGCAAGGACGAGUUGCCGACGGCAACCAACGAACGGCAUGAUAGCAGACUGCUCGGGCCGUCUUCGCUCGAGCUGCGAAGAGUCCUGACGUCGACGGUGGCGGCCGUCAAAGCAAGGCAUACUCAAUCUCCAUUGAAGGGUGGCCAGGCCGGUGCUUCGGAAAGCUUGUCACAACUACCAGAGAGUGAAGAGGAACUUACCGAAAAGUUGAAAGAGAUUCUUGGCAACAUACACAAUACAAUGGACGCCCCCGAAGAAGGAAUUCCACGCAGUGGGCCACCUCGAGGGUUGUUGAGACAUCCCGGAUUGAUGGGGUAUGCUCCUGGGAUGCCAGCACCUAGACUCGGACCUGGUCCGGGAAUGUAUCCCAACAUGCGAGGCCCAAUGAUGAUGCGUGGUCGCCCACCGUUCUUUCACCGUGGGCCACGGCCGCGAGGAUUCGUGCCAAGACAAGUGUGUCGCAACUUUGUGGCUCCCGGUGGCUGCCGAUUCGGAGAUGCCUGUCACUUCCUACAUCCCGGCAUCAAUGGCCCACCAUUGUGAUCAGUGGCUUCUCCUGUGAGCAUUGACGAUAGCUGCUGUCCAACAGUGGUUGCUCGCCCGGUUUUGCACUGCCGACCGUCGUCACGUAACCAGUCGUCAUUCGCUGUGCUGAAUGCCUUGUGUGUCUUGCACGUUGCUGUGCCGUGUACUAUACACACACAUUGAACUGGAGUCGCUGUAGAUGCGGCAGAAUGUGUGACCGGAACUGUUGACGUAAGCAAUGGACGCUGCAUAACUGCCGUACGGAUGUGCGAUGCCACGCGUUGUUUAUGUCGUUGUUUGACCCCGGGUACCUGAAAGGGCCUGAGGCUCAACGUUUAAUAGACGGCGUGUGAUUACGGAAUGGUGCUGCUAUAACCGGUGAUUGCUGCAAAGGCGGUGAUGCCACAGUGACCACCCACGAAGCCAGGGAUGCCACGAUUGCUGCCUGCAAAGGCGGUGAUGCCACAGUGACCACUCACGUGUUCAGGGAUGCCACGAUUGCUGCCUGCAAGGGCAGAGAUACCACAGUGACCACUCGCUUGUCCAGGGAUGCUGCAGUGACUGCCUACAUGGCCAGUCACAGUCACUGCCUGUGCGACCGUGGUUCCACAUUCUCGUGCUGUCGUCAACGAGAAAAGUAGCAUGGAUUUCAGAUGUCAUUGGGAAUGAGAAGAAUAUGCCAUGAGUGGGGAAAAAAUCCUUGAAUGUGACAAGAAAUAAUGAUGUUACGCGCUCUACUGUCCCUUCUAGCUCAGCGGAAACUAUGGUACUCCAGUAUAGCAUGGCCUUUUCCCUUCCACACACAAGCUCCAUGAGAAAUGCAAUCCAAUCGUGAACCAAGCACUUGAAGAUGCUGCGAUACGGCAGAGGACAGCCGUGAACUGAGACUCUGACGUAAUGUUUUCUACAAGCUCCAGUACCUAGUGGCUUUUUGAUUUACACAAGUGCUCUGUGUUUUUUUCUUCCCUCAAGCAGGCAUUACACCUGUAUCUUCCGACUCCACGCAACCCCCCCCCCCCCCACACCACCACCACUGGCACUGCCAGAUUCCUACUUGCCUGUCACUUUACUUCCAAAAUACACUUAACCACUAAAUAGAUGGAUUAUGGGUCAAGGUGCAAAAUAUUUUUUCCCAGUUAGGAUUAGGCACAACCUUAAAUAAUAAGAAUAAUAAGCACGAAUGCAUUUUAAAAUAACUAAACAUACAUUCAGAAGUUCCCAUAAAUAUUACAUAAGUGAUAGUUAACAACAGUUUGGUUUAAAUUUCGUACAACUCCCUUGACUCCUCAUUAUCAGUCAAUAUGAGUGUGUGCGUGCGUGUACGUGCGUGGGUGCGUGGGUGCGUGUGGGUGCGUGCGUGUCAGUCUGAAACGACCGAGGUACAAAUUUAUAUCCGUCUGUUCUGUGUAUAGUGUAUAUACACGCACAAAAUACGCUGGGAACUUCAUUAAAUAAUGCUAGGUUUUGUAUUUAGAUAAGGGCUGCUGUGCUCAUAUGGCAACGGUUGUGGACUUAACAUUCCAUAUUUAUUCAUCGUUUUAACUAACGAAAAAGCAAAUUGAGCCUCGCGUUACCCGUUCUAUGAGUUAAGGUCAUUUGUUUUGAGUUCUAACUAAAUUAAUUUAAAGAUUUCUGUGUUUCAUUAAUCGAUGAAUGAUCAUUUGCUUUUGAAUGAGUUGCCACGAACUUAUCUUUUCAAGAAGCCCAAGUAGAAGCCUGUCAUGCAAUGGCGGAAUGCACUUAUGAAUGUAUGUCUGUCAUGAAUGUAGCAGUAAAUCUCACUGACAUGAGCGCAGGUAGAGGAGCGUUAACGAAUCACAUAAAACGUUUAGCAUCAACUAGUCUGCAUCACUGACGACAGUGAACCUAUGUAUACCAACACUGAACCCAUGUAUACGACGUAUACCUAUGUAUCCGCAUACAUAAAUUCGUGUGACCCACUAAAUAUGGGUUUCUGCGAUGCUGUGUAGUGACAGCAGCUCGUGUAGGCAGUAGUUCAGCACCCGCAGUGCAAUGUCGCCAUGCUCCUUCUGCUUAAUUCUUCAAUUAAGUCAGUAUGGUUACCUGCAGCUUUGCUGGAGCGUUUAUCAUAUAUACGUGAUGAGCUUGGUACAAGUCUAGGCGUCAGUGUCUCAUCGAUGGGCCGUUAGCGGUGCCCCACCUUGUGAAUGUCCUCCCCCUCCUCCCCCCUCCAUUCCUGCAUUUCUCCCCUCCCCCUCCCUUCACAGGCAUCAUCGUUGUCGAAUAGACACGUCUACUAAGUAUGUUCAGUUGGUUUUGUACGCGAGUCAUUUCCCCGUACGUUUCCUGUCGAUCGCAUAGACAUGUAAAUAUUGAGAAGUCAUUAUAUUUUUGUACAUUUUUGUACAGAUUUCAGAUGGAAGAAUACACCUUUAUUUUUUAUAUGAAA